UCGAAAAAGUAGGUUAGUGGUGCGACAGGCGUUACAGAAGAGGGAAAGUAGGUCAUACGCUGCGCUGUUUAUCACCGUCCAUGUUCGGCUGCAUUUAAAUGCGCGUUCCGGUCGUCGGCCGCACGAGCUAAUGGCAGACCAAAGAAUGGACAUUUCUUCCACAAUGAACGAGUUCAUGUCUCCCAGCUCCACCGACCUCAUCAGCAGCACCAUGAGUGCGGGUGGCAUGGACUACACCCGCAAGAGGAAGGGCAGCUCCACGGACUUCCAGGAUGGGCUGGACGCAGACAAGGACAAAGCCCUGGGAAGGGACUGUGUGGAACAACAAGGCCGGAUUAAGAAUGCCAGAGAAGCGCACAGCCAGAUUGAGAAGCGGCGGCGGGACAAGAUGAACAGCUUCAUCGACGAGUUGGCAUCCCUCGUGCCUACAUGCAACGCCAUGUCCCGCAAGCUGGACAAGCUGACCGUUCUGCGGAUGGCUGUCCAACACAUGAAGACACUGCGAGGUGCGGCGAACCCCUACACCGAGGCAAACUACAAACCGGCCUUCCUAUCAGAUGAUGAGCUGAAGCAUUUAAUACUAAGGGCUGCAGACGGCUUUCUCUUCGUGGUCGGCUGCGAUCGCGGAAAGAUUCUUUUCGUGUCCGAGUCGGUGUACAAAAUCCUCAACUACACCCAGAACGACCUGAUUGGCCAGAGUUUGUUUGACUACCUGCACCCAAAGGACAUCGCCAAGGUUAAGGAGCAGCUGUCGUCGUCGGACACGGCACCACGAGAGAGGCUCAUCGAUGCCAAAACCGGACUCCCUGUGAAGACAGACAUCACCCCUGGGCCAUCCAGGCUGUGCUCCGGUGCCCGGCGCUCCUUCUUCUGCAGGAUGAAGUGCAACCGACCCUCGGUGAAGAUGGAGGAUAAGGAGUUCCCCUCCACCUGCUCCAAAAAGAAAGCAGAUCGCAAGAGCUUCUGCACCAUCCACAGCACAGGCUACUUGAAAAGCUGGCCGCCAACCAAGAUGGGCCUGGACGAGGACAGUGAGCCGGACAACGAGGGGUGCAACCUAAGCUGCUUGGUGGCCAUUGGCCGCCUGCACCCCCACAUCGUCCCCCAGCCCAGCAGCGGCGACAUUCGCGUGAAGUCCACGGAGUACGUCUCACGCCACGCCAUUGACGGAAAGUUUGUCUUUGUGGACCAGAGGGCCACGGCCAUCCUGACCUACCUCCCCCAGGAGCUGUUGGGAACGUCAUUCUAUGAGUACAUCCACCAAGACGACAUCGGGCACCUGGCUGAGUGUCACAGACAAGUGCUGCAGAUGAGGGAGAAGAUCCACACAAACUGCUAUAAGUUCAAGAUCAAGGAUGGCUCCUUCAUCACGCUGCGCAGUCGUUGGUUCAGCUUCAUGAAUCCCUGGACCAAAGAAGUGGAGUACAUAGUGUCCACAAACACUGUUGUUUCCGGAAGUACGCUUGACGGCGUGGAUCCAAACUACCCUCAACUCGCCGGCUCCCCCCAGAGUAUGGACAGCGUACUGACAGCUGGAGACGGAGCAGGGAAGCGAGCUCUUCAGAUCGUCCCGGGCAUCCCUGGGGGCACACGAGCGGGAGCGGGCAAGAUCGGACGCAUGAUUGCUGAGGAGGUGAUGGAGAUCCAAAGGAUUCGAGGUUCCUCGCCAUCCAGCUGUGGCUCCAGCCCCCUCAACAUCACCAGCACCCCACCUCCAGACACCUGCUCCCCAGGUGGAAAGAAGAUACAAAACGGCAGCACUCCAGACAUUCCUUCAGCCGGGAUAGUACCAGGACCAGACUCCGUAGGGUACCCCUACUCCAACAACUCCAUUAUGAGCGACAACUCCCACCUGGGCAUCGACAUCAUGGAUGAGCCAGGGUCCAGCAGUCCAAGCAACGACGAAGCCGCCAUGGCUGUCAUCAUGAGCCUGCUAGAGGCUGAUGCAGGCCUGGGCGGCCCUGUGGACUUCAGUGACCUGCCUUGGCCUUUGUAAGGGAGGGUAGGGGGCUGAGGAAUGACACCAAGAACGCUACAGAGAACGGGGAGGGGGUCAUGUGCUCCCCAAGCGUUGGCCAACUCUGUACAUGCCAACUGUCUUUUUUUGGGUGUUUUUACACUACAAGGUUUCCACGUUGAAAAUUUCCUACAAGACUUGUAUCAUAAACGUUUAUCAUGUAAGAAUUCUUUUCACUAAAAUAUAUGGUAAGUGUAUUGUA